AUGGACCAGGAGUGCAGUCGGGCACGGAGCUCCAGGGAGGCCAGCACAGCCAGUACCAGCGGGUUCAGUUGGAGACGGACCAGGAGUGCAGUCGGGGACGGAGCUGCAGGGAGGCCCGCAUCGCCAGUACCGGCGGGUGCAGUUGGAGACGGACCAGGUGUGCAGUCGGGGUCGGAGCUCCAGGGAGGCCCGUACAGCCAGUACCAGCGGGUGCAGUUGGAGAUGGACCAGAAGUGCAGUCGGGGAUGGAGCUCCAGGAAGGCCCGUACAGCCAGUAAAGGCGGGUGCAGUUGGAGAUGGACCAGGAGUGCAGUCGGGGACGGAGCUGCAGGGAGGCCAGCACAGCCAGUACCAGCAGGUUCAGUUGGAGACGGACCAGGUGUGCAGUCGGGGUCGGAGCUCCAGGGAGGCCCGUACAGCCAGUACCAGCGGGUGCAGUUGGAGAUGGACCAGAAGUGCAGUCGGGGAUGGAGCUCCAGGAAUGCCCGUACAGCCAGUACCGGCGGGUUCAGUUGGAGACAUACCAGGAGUGCAGUCGGGGACGGAGCUCCAGGGAGGCCCGCAGAGCCAGUAUUGGCGGGUUCAGUUGGAGACAGACCAGGAGUGCAGUCGGGGACGGAGCUCCAGGGAGGCCUGUACACCCAGUACCAGCGGGUGCAGUUGGACCAGGAGUGUAGUCGGGCACGGAGAUCCUGGGAGGCCAGCACAGCCAGUACCGGUGGGUUCAGUUGGAGAUGGACCAGGAGUGCAGUCGGGGACGGAGCUACAGGGAGGCCCGCACACCCAGUACCGGCGGGUUCAGUUGGAGACGGACCAGGAGUGCAGUCGGGGACGGAGCUGCAGGGAGGCCCGCAUCGCCAGUACCGGCGGGUGCAGUUGGAGACGGACCAAGUGUGCAGUCGGGGUCGGAGCUCCAGGGAGGCCCGUACAGCCAGUACCAGCGGGUGCAGUUGCAGAUGGACCAGGAGUGCAAUCGGGGUCGGAGCUCCAGGGAGGCCCGUACAGCCAGUACCGGCGGGUUCAGUUGGAGACAGACCAGGAGUGCAGUCGGGGACGGAGCUCCAGGGAGGCCCGCAGAGCCAGUACCGGCGGGUUCAGUUGGAGACAGACCAGGAGUGCAGUCGGGGACGGAGCUCCAGGGAGGCCCGUACAGCCAGUACCAGCGGGUGCAGUUGGAGAUGGACCAGGAGUGUAGUCGGGCACAGAGCUCCAGGGAGGCCAGCACAGCCAGUACCGGCGGGUUCAGUUGGAGACGGACCAGGAGUGCAGUCGGGGACGGAGCUCCAGGGAGGCCCGCAGAGCCAGUACCGGCGGGUUCAGUUGGAGACAGACCAGGAGUGCAGUCGGGGACAGAGCUCCAGGGAGGCCCGUACAGCCAGUACCAGCGGGUGCAGUUGGAGAUGGACCAGGAGUGUAGUCGGGCACAGAGCUCCAGGUAGGCCAGCACAGCCAGUACCGGCGGGUUCAGUUGGAGACGGACCAGGAGUGCAGUCAGGGACGGAGCUACAGGGAGGCCCGCACACCCAGUACCGGCGGGUUCAGUUGGAGACGGACCAGGAGUGCAGUCGGGGACGGAGCUGCAGGGAGACCCGCAGAGCCAGUACCGGCGGGUUCAGUUGGAGACAGACCAGGAGUGCAGUCGGGGACGGAGCUCCAGGGAGGCCCGCCGAGCCAGUACCGGCGGGUUCAGUUGGAGACAGACCAGGAGUGCAGUCGGGGUCAGAGCUCCAGGGAGGCCCGUACAGCCAGUACCAGCGGGUGCAGUUGGAGAUGGACCAGGAGUGCAGUUGA